AUGGCGAAUCGAUUUGAGGGGAAAGUCCGGGUUCAGAUCGGCAGGGUCGGCUAUCUUCUCUCGUCACCCCUGAGGUCAAACCGCCAUCUUCGUUCUGUUCUCUGUGGCAUUUCUUUUUGCUUUCUAUUUUUUUUCUAUUUUUUCUUUUUAUUUCGUUCGUUGUUCCUUUCUUCUCUUCUUUAUUUCAUCCAUUUAUACUUUUUAUCAAAUUUUUCUUCUUUUCUUUCUUUCUUUCUCAUUUUUUUAAUCUAUACUUUUGUCAUACCUCUCUUCUUUCUAUCUUUUUUUCUAUACGUUUUGCCAUGUCUCUUUUCUUUCCCUCUUUCUUUCAUUCUACACUUUUUCUCAUAUCUUUCUUUCUUUCAUUCUACACUUUUUCAUACCUGUUUUAUUUUUCCUUUUUUCGUCAUACACUUUAGGUCAUAUUUCUUUCGUUCUUUCUUUCAACCAUUCUACACUUUUUCAUACCUCCCUUCUGUCAUUAUACACUUUUCGUCAUAUAUCUUAAUUUCUUUCUUUUUUCCUUUCAUUCUUUCAUUCUACACUUUUUCAUGCUUCCUUUCUUUCUUUCUUUCUUUCUUUCAUUAUACACUUUUCGUAAUAUCUCUUUCCUUCAUCAUCCAUUCAUUCAUUGUACACUUUUAUUCUUUUAUUAUACAUGUUUGGUUAAUCACUUUCCUCCCUUCUUUCUUUCUUUGUUUUUUUCUUUCUUUCUUUCUUUUAUUCAUUCAUGAGUCUUUCACUUGUUAUAGGCAUGGCUGGAAAAUAGACAACGAUAGAGAGCAGGUCAUUGGCUGGAUGACUUGCCUGUCUACACCAGAUGGCGUAAUGGGGAUAGCUAACUGCACUGUCAGCUGCUAG